CCUCCAGAGGGCGGGAACGUUGGACGUGGCGGGGCUGGGUCAGCCAGGGCGUUGGGCCUGGGGCGCUCGGCUCAGCCUCUCGGCAGGCUGGCUUUCUGCGCCGCCAUAAAGCCCCCGACAGGCCCCACGCCUGCCCAGUUUGGGGCGGGUCGGGGGAAUGACUGAGGAGAUGGAGUCGUCGCUCGAGGCAAGCUUUUCGUCCAGCGGGGCGGUGUCAGGAGCCUCCGGGUUUUUGCCUCCUGCCCGCUCCCGCAUCUUCAAGAUAAUCGUGAUCGGCGACUCCAAUGUGGGCAAGACGUGCCUGACCUACCGCUUCUGCGCUGGCCGCUUCCCUGACCGCACCGAGGCCACGAUAGGGGUGGAUUUCCGAGAACGAGCGGUGGAGAUUGAUGGGGAGCGGAUCAAGAUCCAGCUAUGGGACACAGCAGGACAAGAACGAUUCAGAAAGAGCAUGGUUCAGCACUACUACAGAAAUGUACAUGCUGUUGUCUUCGUGUAUGAUAUGACCAACAUGGCUAGUUUUCAUAGCUUACCAUCUUGGAUAGAAGAAUGCAAGCAACAUUUGCUAGCCAAUGAUAUACCACGGAUUCUUGUUGGAAAUAAAUGUGAUUUGAGAAGUGCCAUUCAGGUACCCACAGACUUGGCACAAAAAUUUGCUGACACACACAGUAUGCCUUUGUUUGAAACGUCUGCUAAAAACCCCAAUGAUAAUGACCACGUGGAAGCUAUAUUUAUGACCUUGGCUCAUAAGCUUAAGAGCCACAAACCAUUAAUGCUUAGUCAACCCCCUGAUAAUGAAAUUAUCCUGAAGCCUGAACCAAAGCCUGCAACGACGUGCUGGUGCUAAAUAACAGUCUUUAUUAUAUUAUCUAAUUUUGGCUAAAGAAAUACUUUUCAAGUAUGACAGUAAUAAGUCAUAAGAUUUAUUCUCAACUGUAAUGGGUCAUCUUGACACUUCGCUGUUUGUCAUUGUCACGCUUUUGUAUUUUGUAUCUACUUAAGUUUGUCACUGUGACAACACAGGAAAAGUUGGUUUUCAGGUGAGAUUGAAAAUGAAGCAAAGAUAGGAUGAAUCUGAACAUCUCUCCAUCUAGAGCCCAGUGAAGGAAGCUUCAAAUGAGAACAUGAUGGAAUGUAAAGAAUCAGUAACCGUUCCAUGUUGUGUUCCUGGAAUUGGAAUAAAAUAUUAAAGGUUUAGCACACACCUAAUAGUAUGUCCUUUAAAUGGGAAGUGUUCUUAAUAGGGUAAAAACUGGUAUUUGCCUCUCCCCAGAGUACUUUUUUUGUUUUUUGGUAGAGACAGGGUCUUGCUAUGUUUCCCAGGCUGGCCUUAAGCUCCUGGGCUCAAGCAAUCCUCCCACCUCAACCUCCGCAGUAACUGGGACUGUAGGUACUCACCGCUGCAUCUGGCCUUUCUUUGUUUUACUAACAUAUUUAGUUUUGUUAUUAUUGGUAUGUUUUAGAGCUAACACUUUAGUUCCAGUGGGAUAAGAAGGCACAGAAUGUUUCCUGGUUCCCAGUCCAUAAAGAAUGACUUUUCCAAGAGUUCUAGAUGUUUGAUUUUGUAAUUAAUAUUUAUCAGAUCUACAAAAAUCAUUGUUAUUUUUAAAAGAGUUAUUUGAGUUGCUUUCUUUUUUUUUAAUUAUUAUUAUUAUCAUUAUUAUUUUUUUUUUGAGAUGGAAUCUUGCUCUGUCUCCAGGCUGGAGUGCAGUGGCGCGAUCUCGGCUCACUGCAACCUCCACCUCCCAGGAAGUGAUUCUCCUGCCUCAGCCUCCCGGGUAGCUGGGACUACAGGCAUGUGCUACUACGCCCAGCUAAAUUUUGUAUUUUUAGUAUAGACAGGGUUUCACCAUGUUGAUCAGAAUGUUCUCAAUCUGUUGACCUCAUGAUCCACCCACCUCAGCUUCCCAAAGUGCUGGGAUUACAGGUGUGAGCCACCACACCUGGCCGAAUUGCUUUCUUACUAAAUCCUAUUAAAAUAUGCAAAAAUAAGUGAGAUUUUAAGGCAAAUAAAGUGACACAGGUGCUUUAUAUUUUAUUUUGGUAUAUUUAAACAGUGUAAAACUAACUGAAAGCAUAUGAAGAGUUGUAACUUGGGGGAAAAUAGGUAAACAUAGCUUCUAGCUAACACAGGAGACCUAUUCUUACUUGGCCUUUAGUAAUUUCAAGCAGUGUAUCUGGUAUGGUAUUUCUUGCUUUCCCUUCAACUCAAUAAAUUUAAUUACAACUGCCAAGUUAACAAAUGAACUUGCAUUUGGAUUGUAGCUGUGAAGGCACAACUCUAAUUGCUAUUAGUCUACAUGUAUUUCUGUAAUAGUAUUGUGUUGUAUCAAUUUUUAAGAUAUCUAAAUUUUAUGGUCACAAGAAGCUGUUCCUCCUCAGUAUGAAAAAUAAAUUAGAUACUGAAAAAUGUCCUUCAGUGAUGGAAAUAAUAUUUCAAAAAGUUUUUUUUUUUUUUUUUUUUUUUUUUUUGA